AUGUAUCUGCCUCAAGCCCUCGUCUUUUUAUUAUUCCACGCAAAUCACCUCAUAAGAGCCCAAAGCCCUCCAACCAUAAAAAUUGGGGUCAUCCUUCCUGUCGACAGCGAUGGUUGGGGAAUUACGAUUAAAGACACCAUUCACUGGCGCCUGGAUCAGUAUACCAAUAACAGCUUUGCCAGAAAUGCAACAUUUGAGCUUGUGGCAGCGGUAAACCAAGUGGGUACGCAGAGUGCUGCCCUCGAGCUGGCCUACGAGAUGGUUUAUGAAAAAGCGGUGAAUGCAUUGAUAGGUAUGGCCUCUUCGCCGUUGACAUCCCUCCUUGCACUGGUGGCUGCUGGCAAAAGAAUCCCGCACUGCGAUGGCGUCAGUACAGCUAUGUCUCUCGGCAACAAAGCUACCUACCCAACCUUCUUUCGUACCACCCCAUCAGACGAAUAUGACGCUAUCACUAUUGCUCAAUUUAUUUUUGCCCAAGGAUGGCGCCAAGUUACCAUCUUGGCUUCCACACAGGAAUACGGCACAUCGGUUUCUGAAGAACUCCUUGCACAAUGUACCCUGUAUGGGAUCAAGGUCCUUUCUCUCGUAUUGUUUGACCCAGAUGACUGUGAAACGGAGUGGGUGCAAACUAUAUCAGUGCUCAAGUCAUCUGGUGCGACGAUAUUCGUGUAUGUCGGAGGUGGGAAGGACUUUAUGACUGCAACGGACGAAGCGAUGCGGCAGGGGAUUUUCUCAAAGGAUUAUGUUUGGAUUGGAGCGGGGGCAGUAAUGGAGAUAACUUGGUCGGACCUUGAUACGGAGCUCGUACGACUACGGGAUGGGACUUUCUUGCCGUUUCCGACAGAGUACCCGGAUAAGGCUCUUCAGACCAAGUUGGAGAACGAGUGGGCACAAGCCGAUAAGGUCUUGUAUCCGGCUUCAGCACGCCCUGUCGUCGAUGGGGCAGGGUUUUACCUGGACUGCGCAGAUCUCCUGAUCCAUGGCUGGAAAAAGCUCAUUGAUGACAAUCCCGAACAAUUCAACUGGUCCUCCAUCGCAUCCAAUCAGCUCGUCCAAAACUAUACUUUCCGCUGCGAUACAAAUAAUGAUGCAGCAGUGGACUGCACUCCAACAUUUCUAAUAAACCAAACCAGUGUGACGAGCGUGAUGAACUUUAAUCCCAUUACCGGGGACCGAAUCGCGCAAUAUUACAGCUGGUAUCAACUCCGAGGGGGACAUUUUAAUACCUUGGUCGGGUACUGGAAUAAUGGACAAACCGUGAUAUACGAGGACCAGAUCGUGUAUGCCGGAAACUCCACCAAAAAGCCGUACGACCGACACGUGUCCUUUAUAGGAUACGGAACCGCAGGCGCAUGGACGAUCAUCGCCACGACCGGGGCACUACUCCUCAUCACCAUUGCAACCGCAAUCUUGUACUUUGUUUACAGAAGCGAAAACUAUAUUAGGGCUAGUUCGUGGAUGUUUUCUGAGCUUAUAUUGGCGGGGGUGGCGAUAGGGUACGCAUCGGUUCCUACUUUUAUUGGGGAUCCAGAGCACGCAGGGCGUUGUAUCGGACAGAUUUGGAUGGUUGGGAUGGCGUUCAUCAUGGUGUUUGGAAACUUGGUUGCAAAGACCGGUCGGACGUGGAUGCUUUUCCAGCGUUCCGAAGCGGGGCUAGUACCCAACUCCCCGAUAACCGACUCUCAACUUCUCCGUCCGGCUGGCCUCCUCAUUGGCAUUCAAAUUCUUAUUUUGGGUCUAUGGACAGGUUUCGAUCAACCGCGGCAAUUUAUUGAUUUUCCUCGAGCUACCAGAUACUGCCAGUCCCAAGGGACUACAUUCAAGGCUGUCCUUUUCGCAUACGAUUCUGUUAUUAUAUUUGCUGGUGUGGUGUUUGCGUUGCGAACGAAGGAGGUGGCCAAGAAGUUCAGGGAUAGUGCGAGCAUUGGGCUGUCGAUUUACACAAUUGCGCUGAUCCUCUGCGUUCUGCUUCCCAUUGUAAGUCUGGCUGCAGACCCUGUCAUGUCCUGGGUAUCUUUGGUAGUAGCGAUCAUCAUAUGCCCGAGCGCUAUUCUCGUGUUUCUCUUCCUGCCUAAAAUCUGGAUUCUCUAUCAACACAAAGUCAGAGGGAUUGAACCCAGCAGGAAACGACAUCGACGAUUCCGCACCAUAAAUGCUAUGCUACAAACCAAUCCCCUUGGCCCUCCCACAAAUGACAGCAGGGUCCCAGGAGUGCGCGGCACAUGUGACUCUGAACAGAAGGAUGGGCCACUUCCUUUGGAGGUUCAAAACAGUGAAAGUUGGGGCUACGCAGACAUUGCAAGCUUCUUUCGGGGUGUGUUUUCACCUGAUGUACAUACCCUCACGAGAUGGAGAUCCGGAAAGGAUGUGCGAACCCUCAACAGGGUUUCAGUGAGCGCGGCGGCGGGUGCGGCCGUCGGCUUACCAGGGAUCUUGUCCGUCCGGGCUCUCGAUCAGGAAGAAGGUUUACCCCGCGAAGAUACGCUGACAAGAUUCAAAUCACCCAAAGACUCCCAGUGCGUCGAAAAUCAUUCUGAGAGACAGCCGGGGAAGGCAGCCAUGUGCUUGCCAGACAUUGAACGUACCCGGCCAUUAGAGCAGGAAAAGGAAAUGAGCUGGAAUAGCAUGCUAGAAUCUUAG